AUGAACGACUUAUUUUCGAGCUCGUUCAAGAAAUACACUGACCUGAAACAGCAGGCCUACCUGGACGAUAUGGAGGCCGGGAAGGAGACUAUUAAUCUUGACAAGUUCUUCGAAGAUGUCGAGAAUGUGAAGGAGGACAUGAGACAGGUUGAUAAGCUGUACAAGCAGCUACAAGAAGCCAAUGAAGAGAGCAAGACUGUGCACAAUGCUAAAACCAUGAAAGAGCUCCGAACCCGCAUGGACUUGGAUGUCGAGCAGGUCCUCAAGAAGGUCAAAAUCAUAAAGGGCAAGCUUGAAGGUUUGGAGCGUUCCAACGCAACUCACAGAAACCUUCCUGGUUGUGGUCCUGGCUCCUCCGCGGAUCGAACCAGGACCUCAGUGGUUAGUGGUUUGGGGAAGAAACUCAAGGACAUGAUGGAUGACUUUCAGGGAUUGAGAGGUAGAAUGACAUCUGAAUAUAAAGAAACAAUAGAACGCAGGUAUUUUACUAUAACCGGAGAGAAAGCGAGUGAGGAAACUAUCGAAAAUUUGAUAUCGAGUGGAGAAAGUGAGAGCUUCCUGCAGAAGGCUAUUCAAGAACAGGGGAGAGGUCAGAUUUUGGACACCAUAUCAGAAAUGCAAGAAAGACAUGAUGCUGUGAAGGAGAUUGAGAAGAAUUUGAUUGAGCUCCAUCAGAUAUUCUUGGACAUGGCUGCUCUGGUUGAAGCACAGGGUCACCAACUCAAUGACAUUGAGAGCCAUGUCAUGCAUGCUAGCUCGUUUGUCAGACGCGGCACCGACAAUCUUCAAGAGGCCAAAGAACAGCAGAAGAAAUCAAGGAAGUGGACGUGCAUUGCUAUAAUUCUUGGAAUAGUCCUCGUCAUUCUCCUCCUAAUUCCGAUUUUGAUUCAAAUUUUGCCUCAUAUGUUGUAG